GUACGGGCACUGGAGGGCAUCCAGGUUUAACUCGCGCAUCGCAUCGGCGGCGUCGAAGCAGAGCUAUAAAGAACGACGCGAAGAGCCGCCGACCACGCUCGCGAGGAGAAGGCAGGGACGCCGGCGAGGGUAGCGACCGAUGGCGAGGGACAGCUGCUUGGCGCGCGUCGGAGCCGGCGUCGCGGUCGGCGGCGCGAUCGGCGGCGCCGUCGGUGCUGUUUACGGGACAUAUGAGGCUAUCCGAUACAAGGUCCCGGGAAUGAUGAAGAUUAGGUAUGUGGGGCAAACUACACUUGGGAGUGCAGCCAUUUUUGGUCUUUUCUUGGGUGCCGGGAGCUUGAUACAUUGUGGGAAGUCAUACUAAUUGUUCCUGUUGUUUCGAGGGACCGAUGUAAUAAUAACUUUAAUUAUCUUGAGGCAGAUUCUUUUUUGGCUCUCUCUCUCUCUCUCUCUCUCUCUCUCUCACAGCGGGUGUUUGCGUGUAUAUGUGUGUGUUGUCGGGUGGGGUAUGUGCGUGUACAUGAACCCUAAUCCUCAGCGUAUCCAACUACCGUCGUUAGGCUCCGAAUUUGUGCAAGACAGUCGGAUUGGACCAUGUUAUUUUCUUGGA